AUCCGGGUGCACCAGGACCCCCGGUUCCGUGUCCCCAAAUCCCGUCACUCCCCGUCCCCGGGACCCCAAAUCCCGGGACUCCCCCAGUCCGGGGAGCCCCAAAUCCCGGGUGCACCGGACCCACCGGUCCCGUGUCCCCAAAUCCCGGGCUCCCCGUCCCCGGCACCCCAAAUUCCACGCCCCCCCCCAGCCCGAGAGCCCCAACCCCGGAAGCACCGGGAGCCCCAAAUCCCGGGACCGCAGAUCCGGGCUCACCAGGACCCCCCGGUCCCGUGUCCCCAAAUCCCGGGACCCCAAAUCCCGGGAGCUCCAGGAGCCCCGAAAUCUCCAUCCCCCGGUACCUCCGGGAGCUCCGGGAUCCACAGCCCCGGGAGCCCCGAAAUCCCCGGUCCCGGUAGCACCGGGAGCCCCGGGAGCCCCGAAACCCGCAGUCCCGGGAGCCGCAGCAUCUCCGGUCCCGGGAGCACCGGAACCCCGGAACCCUCAGCCCCGGGAGCCCCGAAAUCCCCGGUCCCGGGAGUCCUGGGAACCCCGAAACCUCCAGUCCCGGUAUCCCCGAGAUCCCGGAUCCGGGAACCCGGGAGCCCGAAAGCUCCAGGAUCCCCGAUACCGGUAUCCCCGACAUCCCCAUCCCCGGGAACGCCCGGAGGACCGGGAACCCCCAGCUCCGGUACCCCCGGCAUCCCCAAAACCUCCAUCCCCGGGAUCCCCGAAAUCCCGGUCCCGGUACCCGGGGAGCUCCAGGAUCCGCAGCCCCGGGAUCCCCGAAAUUCCCGGUCCAGGGAGCCCCGAAACUCCCCAUCCCCGGUACCCCCGGGAUCCCCGGGAUCCCCGAAACAUCCAUCCCGGUACCCCCGGGAUCCCCGAAAUCCCGGUCCAGGGAGCCCCGGGAGCCCCGAACUCCCCAUCCCCGGUACCCCCCGGACCCCCGGGAUCCCCGAACUCCCGGUCCCGGUGCCCCCGGGAUCCCCGAGCUCCCCCUCCCCGUUCCGCCCGUUGCCGCUGACUCGCGUGUCCGUGUCCGCAGGGGCCCCGUGGCUGCUGGCGCUGCUCGGGCUCUGCUGGUCCGGCCCCCCCCCGCGGCUGCGCCCGCCCCCCGACCCACGCGUGGAGCUCGACAGCGCCGCCAGCCUGGCCAAGGCGCUGCUCAGCGACACCAAGGCCGUCCUGACACGCUCGUGGGUACCCCACGCAACCCCAGAAUCCCCGCGGAACCCCCCGCGACACCCCACGGGACCCCGCGACCCACCCACGGGACUCGUGAUAUCCCCGCGCCACCCCACAGAACACCGCAGGCCACCCAUGGAAACUCGUGACACCCCCACGCCACCCCACGGAACCUGUGACACCCCCUCCCCAGAACCCCACGAUCCCCGCAACACCCCCACGGGACCCCACGGAACGUCCCCCCACGGGACCCCACGGCACCUCGUGACACCCCCCACGGGACCCCCACGCCCCGCCAAGUCGCGGUUCCCCGCGGAGGGGGAGCACAAGCUGGAGUCGCUGCCCGUGCUGGCGAUGAGCGCGCCUGAGAUGGGCAACAUGCAGCCGGCGGGGGCGCUGUCCCGGCUCAGCGCCGACCUGCAGCGCUACCAGCGGCACCUGGAGUGGCUGCGGCGGGGGGCGGCGGGGGGGCCCCUGCGCCCCCUGGAGGCGGCUGGCGGGAUCCAGAACCGGCUGGAGCGGCUGCUGCGGCGCCUCGAGCACCUGGUGGGCGGGGCUUGGAGUGGGCGGGGCUUGGAGUGGGCGGAGUUUGAGCCGGGCGGGGCUUGGGCUGGGCGGGGCUUGGUUGGGCAGGGCCUGGAGGGGUGGAGCUCGGGGGAGAGGGAUGGGGGCGUGGCCCGAGCGACGGGGUGUGGCGCCGGCCACUCGGUGGGAGGGGCUUGA